AUGCGGGGCCUUGCGGUUUUCGCAGGUCUCUUCAUCUCCUUGGUCGGGGCAGCCCCUUCCAACCACAAUGCGUACGACAACAGAGCCCAUUGCAGCUCCGACUUCUGUACGUGGUGGCACUCCGAAGGAGAGAUCAACACAGACUCUCCUGUGAAGCCAGGGAACGUCCGCCAGUCACAUCAGUACACCGUGCAAGUCAGCGCUGCAGGUGCCAACAAGUUUUAUGAUUCUUUCGUCUACGAAGCCAUCCCACGAAACGGCAACGGUCGCAUCUAUGCACCAACAGAUGCACCAAACAGCAACACUCUAGGAACCGACGUUGACGAUGGUAUCACUAUUGAACCAAAGGUCGGACUCAAUAUGGCCUGGUCGCAGUUCGAAUACAGUCAAGAUGUUGAUGUCAAGAUUAAGCGUAGGGACGGGACUGCCCUCAGGGCCAACGACGUUAUCAUACGUCCUGUUUCAAUCUCAUACGAACUCUCUCAAUCCAGGGACGGUGGUCUUAUUAUUCGUGUUCCAAAGGAUAACAACGGACGACGGAUGUCGGUUGAGUUCAACUCGGACCUGUACACGUUCCGCUCUGAUGGUAAUCAGUACGUUACCUCAGGUGGCAGUGUCGUCGGCAGAGAGCCGCGCAACGCUCUUGCAAUCUUCGCCAGCCCGCCUCUACCUUCAAAUAAGAAGCCUCGUAUGUCGUCAAGCAACACACAAACGAUGAAGCCCGGUCCUAUCAACAACGGCGACUGGGGUAACAAACCAAUUUUGUACUUUCCGCCUGGAGUCUACUACAUGAACCAAGAUCAGAAGGGCAAGUCCGGCAAGCUGGGCUCGAAUCACAUUCGUCUGUCACCAAACACAUACUGGGUGUAUUUUGCCCCGGGAGCGUAUGUGAAGGGUGCCAUUGAAUACUCGACCAAGCAAGACUUUUACGCUACCGGGCUUGGCGUGCUUUCCGGUGAGCACUACGUCUACCAGGCCAAUGCGGCCAAAGGUUACGUUGCCGAGAAGAGUGACCAGUAUGGCUUGAGAAUGUGGUGGCACAACAGCAUCAACCAAGGACAAAAGUGGACUUGCCAGGGCCCAACGGUCGCAGCUCCACCUUUCAACACGAUGGAUUUCAACGGGAACUCUGACAUAACCUCUGAGAUUGUCGACUAUAAACAAGUAGGAGCGUACUUUUUCCAGACCGAUGGGCCGGCAAUCUACCCCAACAGUGUAGUCCACGACAUCUUCUAUCAUGUCAAUGAUGAUGGGAUCAAGAUGUACUACUCUGGUGUAUCAGUCUCUCGCGCCACUGUAUGGAAAUGUCACAAUGACCCCAUUAUUCAAAUGGGCUGGGACACUAGGAAUCUUGACAACAUUAAGAUUGAUACACUCAACGUCAUCCACACCCGCUACUACAAGUCCGAAACGGUUGUGCCGUCAGCAAUCAUUGGCGCAUCGCCAUUCUAUAUGGAUGGCAAAUCAGCUGACCCAAGCAAAUCAAUCAGUGCUACAAUUUCCAACAUCGUCUGCGAAGGACCGUGCCCAGGUCUAUUGCGGAUUACCCCAUUGCAAAGCUACAAGAACUUUGUCAUCAAGAAUGUUGCAUUUCCCGACGGAUUGCAGACAAACGUCAUCGGGAUUGGUCAGAGUAUUGUUCCAAAGCAGUCAGGUGUGACGAUGGAUCUGGAAAUCGACAAUUGGACUGUGAGCGGUCAGAAGGUCACUAUGCAGAACUUCCAAUCUGACAAACUAGGUCAACUUAACAUUGAUGGUAGCUAUUGGGGCCAGUGGAAAAUUACCUAG